AUGAACGUCUCUCCAAAUGUUUUAGAGUUUACUGGCUCUUUUACCAAACAAAAUACUGAAUACUUGACUUUGUCCAACCCAACGAACCAACCAUUAGCUUUCAAAGUCAAGACUACUGCUCCAAAAUUGUACUGUGUGAGACCAAAUGCCAGUAUCAUUCACCCAGGCGACUCUUUGCAAAUCUCCAUCAUUUUACAAGGUUUUUCUCAGCCAUUACCAGAAGACUACAAAUGUAAAGAUAAGUUUUUACUCGUGUCAGUUCCUGCUCCAGGUAAUGCUGAUCCAGCCAAAGUGGGUGAAUUAUGGUCACAAUUGGAGGCACAAAACAAGUCCGCUGUUGUUUCAAGGAAAUUGAAAGUCAACUAUGUCAUUGGCCCAGACAAGGAUGAUUCAUACAAUGGCGUAGGUGCAGGUGCUGUUGGAGCUGGUCAACAACAACCUCCUCCUCAACAACAGCAACAGCAGCAACAACAGCAACCAGCUCUUUCUCACCAAACCAGUCAAAGCUCUUAUGGAGCCGGUGCCGCAGGUAUUGCAGGUGGAGCUGCUGCAGGUGCAGGUGCAGCUGGACUUAUUGGAAAUGCUCAUUACCAACCUCAAGGACAAGCCAAUGGUGAUGCGUCCUUCAACAACAAACCAUCAUCUGGCGACUUUGGUGGUGUUCAAAACAGAUCCUUCAAUGACACCUCAUCAAUCAACAACGGCUACUCAAGUGGUUAUCAACAACACCAGCAGCCACCACACCAACAAUUGCAACAACAACCAAGCUACCAGUCCCAACAAGGUGGUGGAUUCAACUCUGGCUAUGGCGAUCAAUACCAACAGCAGCAACAAAAUUCACCUUCUGUUCAACGUGAAUUGGAUUCUUUGGCAAGACAAGUUCAAUCUUUGACUGCCAAGUUGGACAGAAAUGAAAGGGCAGCUUCACGUGGUGACGUCUCAUCGUCGUCCAGUGCCGUUGAUUUGACUGCCAACGGUAUUUCAUUACCAGUUGCUUUGAUUUUGGUCUUGAUUGCUUUCCUUGUCGGUUGGUUGGUGUUUUAA